AAAAUAAUCUCAUUUAUAAAUUAGAUCAUUUAAUUCCAGAAAAAACUUAUAAAUCGCAACAAGAGGGGAAUGAUUUACACGAAUCCAGGAAAGUUUUGGCGUUGUGUAUUAUAUAAUUUCCUACGCUUAUAUAACUCUAUAAUUAUAUAUUUUCUUGUAUCUUCUCACAAAAUCAAAAGAGCGAAAAUGAAACUGCUCAAUUACGCAAAGAAAAUCAUCCGACGUAUAGCCGCGUUCACCAACAUUCGUCGUCCCAUGUGGAGGACGACCGGUGAAGCGGGGAUGAGUUACAACGAACGGUACUUUCACACGAUGUUAUUCGAAAGUAAACACGCCUCGGGACGAACUGUACGGCGGAGUCAGUUUUGUACUUACUUGAAUGAAGAUUAUUAUGUCGGCUGAAAGGGAACAUAGAGAAGAGCAGGAUAAAGAGGAAGUAGGAUGCGUUGUAAGAAAGCGAAUCAUGAACCUGAAGAUGAAGACAGCUUUGAAAAUUUUUCUGUCUUCCGCGGCAGGCCCGUUGAUCCUCUACGGUGUGUUCCUCAUGUACGAGCGUUACCAAGUGCAUAUGACCCUGUCCGUAGUAAAAGUCGAUGAAAAUCACCGACCCAGGUUCUGGGUGUAUACCAGGCAUAACAACACCGGUUACCUGAAGCAUGUGCGCACGGUGCUGUCGCGACUUGGUUAUCGCGAGAGCGGCAACGAGUCCGAUUGGGACUUGCUGUGGGCCCACGAUUACCCGUUCCGCACGUUGUCCGCGAGUCUGCACAGGUUGCAGCAACAUCAACGUGUGAACCAUUUCCCCGGCUGUGGUUACGUCACGAACAAGGUGGACCUGUCGGUGUCAGCUGGGCGGUACAUACCGGCGGCCUUCAGGAUGCCCGACGAUCGAGAGCGAUUUCUCCGUUACAUGGACGUAAAUCCCGGCAAGAAGUUUGUGCAAAAGUCGAACGACCACCGAGGCAUUCGUCUAGUCAACAGCCACGACCUCACCGAUGCUGACCUCACCGACGGCAUCUUUGUGCAGGAGUUCAUCGAGCGACCGUACCUCGUGGACGGUUACAAGUUCGACGUCGGCCUGUACAUCGUCGUUACAUCCGUGGAUCCGUUGCGACUCUACAUCUACAAGGGCGACGUGCUCUUCCGCUUCUGCCCGGUCGCGUAUUAUCCUUUCGAUGCCGAGGUUUUGGAUAAAUACGUAGUCGGCGAUGACUACUUGCCGAUCUGGAAGGUGCCAUCCUUAAAGAAAUAUUACACAGAACUCGGUUACUCGAUGAAGGAUUCGUUCGACGCUUAUGUCCGUGAGCAGGGCAAAGACCCCGCAGAGAUGUGGGAACGGGCGUACGAAGCUAUCCGAGAGGUCUUCCUGAUGAAGGAAGCUCAGAUCAGGGAGGUGUCCAGGCGUAUCGGCAACGGCAGGAAUUUUUUCGAACUCAUGCGAUUCGACCUGGUGCUCGACGAGGACCUCAAUGUCUAUACGAUGGAAGCAAAUAUGUCGCCGAAUCUGUCGUCCGCACAUUACCCGCCGAAUCAGCUGCUUUACGAGCAGGUCAUAUUCAACACACUCGCGCUGGUUGGCGUCAGCAAGAGAAUCAGGAGGGGAUCUCUGAGGACGAGAAGUAAAGCGGAGAAAGAUAUGGAGGUAGCCGAUAAGAACAUCGUGGUGUUGCCGGAGCUCUGCAGAGAAUGCGAGGAUUGCUUCCGCGUGGAAUGCCAAUUAUGUAGGCAGUGCUUCACGCCGGAAAUGCAGUUGAUCUUGUCGCAGAGUUAUUUGGAACACCAGAACCGCAUGGACUUUCAACGAAUCUUCCCGCCUUCUAUAAGAAAAGACAUGAUCUUGAAAAAUUACACGCUCAGGAAUCAGCUGCUUGUCAGGUGGUACCAGGGGAAAUGUGAAUUGGACAAGACGUGGUGCAUUUGAUGUUCAGAAGACGAGUGAAGGUACUGAACGAAUCGAAAGCACAUCGUAAAGAGCACU